CAGGUAAAUUGUUCGCCCCACCGGAUCUCAAAACCUGUUGAAGCAACGCCGACAUGAAAGAUGCUGUAUUUUGAAUCUCCCAGCCAGUUGAGAGUAAUCAGCCCGCGGAAGAACAGCUGGAAGUGUCUUAAAGUACCAAAAGUAUGGGGUCUUAUUUGAAGUGCAACGAGGGUGCUUAUCAGGCUGCAGAGCUCAAUGGCCGAAAACACGAUCGAGUAAAAUUUGUCUUGGAAGUGUCCCUGGAAAUAUUGAUGCUGAUACCGGCCCUAGUAGUGGACUUUUUCAAAGCUUAUGUUUGGCGCCGGAAAAAGUCGGUCUCAAAUCAGGUGGCGCUAGUGACCGGGGGAGGAAAUGGGCUGGGAAGGGCAAUCUGUUUCCGAUUGGCGCGGGAGGGCUGCCGACUGGCUGUGGUCGACAUUGACCUGGUAGCGGCAAAUCAAACCGUUCACCGGCUUCGAAGCAUGGGCGCUGAGGCCGAAGCUUUCAGAACCGAUGUAAGUGAUUUUAGAGCCGUUCGCGAGCUGCGAAAAGGUAUCGAGAAAAAGUUGGGCCCUGUGGAUAUUCUGAUCAAUAACGCUGCGCUGUUGGCGUUUGGAAAUAGCACCGAUGGGUCCGAGGAAGAUGCUCAAAGGGUGAUAGAUGUUAACCUGAUGGCGCAUUGCUGGACAAUCCGUGAAUUCAAACCUGGUAUGAUCGAGAGAAAAAGAGGACAUAUAGUGGGGAUUUCGUCAAUUUUGGGAUUUGCGGCAAUUUUCCGGGCCACCAUUUACGCCGCCAGCAAAUUCGGCGUUCGAGGAUUGAUGCUGAGUGUAGCCGAAGAGCUGGCAUUUCUUGGACUGGAUAAGCAAAUCAAUACAUCCUGUGUUUAUCCUUCGUUCAUGGCCACCCGGAAGGAGCUAGUCGAUAUAAUUUCCGGAUCCUACGGAGCAUGCAUCGAUCCUUUGGCACCUGAACAGGCCGCAAAUGAAAUCGUGGACGGAGUUCUAUUAAACAAAUCAGAAUUCAUAGUGGGGCACUUUUUGGAUAAACUUGCUUUCUCCGCCUCUGGAUUAUUGCCAAAAAGGAUAUAUCGAACUAUUUUGAGAAGCUCUUUGAAGGGUAAUGACGUUCAUUGAUGGUUUUGUUAUGGGGAACUCAUCAAUGUUCAAAAGUGUUCAUUUGUAAUGUGUAUAAAAUUUUAAUAAUAUCUAAAGGAAUAAAGCUUUAAAU